AAUGCACCUCUCUUUAGCUCUGCGGUAACAAUGGCUACUGUCUGUCAGAUUUGGAGACCGGACAGAGGACGGUGCCUUAAAAGCUACGGAAUUAUCGCCGUAUUGUUUAUGGACCUCAUGUUACAGUGUGUUAACGGUUCCCUGAGCACAACUAAUGUUGAGACCCACUACACAAGAGAUGGACCUUUCAUCACUAGCCCGGUGGUCCCCGAUGCAGCCUCAGUGUUUCCUGCAGAUGAAGACACAUCCAAAUGUCCUAGUGGGGGUUUGUGUCACCGCCUGCCAGCUGAUUGCAUUCAAUGCGAUUACCAUCUCAAGUGCACAUAUGGCAAACCAACUUUAUUUACCUGUAGACCCAAAAAAGGCGUUCACUGCAUAGGAGAGUCUGGACAGCAGCAAAACAAUUUUUCUCUCAAUAUCACCUGUCAGUUCUGUUGGCAGCUGGACCCUUCCCAGUAUCGCUGUACAAACUCCACCAACUGUAUGACAGUCUCUUGCCCACGCAAGCGCUACAAUGCCACCUGUGAUGUCUUAGAUCAUGUACAUUGCUUAGGUAAAAGACGUUUUCCAAAACGUUUAUUUUGUAACUGGACUGGUGGAUACAAAUGGUCAACAGCGUUGGCACUCAGCAUUACACUUGGUGGUUUUGGAGCGGACCGGUUUUACCUGGGCCAGUGGAGAGAGGGUCUGGGCAAACUGUUCAGCUUUGGAGGCCUAGGCAUUUGGACUUUGAUUGACGUCCUUCUAAUAGGGGUUGGUUAUGUAGGACCCGUUGACGGUUCUCUCUAUAUCUGAAGCAAAGCCCUGGGGACAUGGCUGGCUCUGCUCUUCACACUGCUUCACUCUCAAAAGACUGAAGAGCUGAGAUGCUGUGUUCUUAGCACGUUUGGCUGGCUAAGCUCGCUGUGCAACACGUCUUCAUCCCAUCUGCUAACAAGCAGGAAGUGUUUUCCUCAUCACACAAACGAUGAUUCUACCCACACAACCAUCAGAUUGAUCCCAAUCAUUCUGCGUCCAUGUCCUGUUGAGAUUGCGCAGAUGGUGCUGUGCAGGGGUAUAAGGAACUGGUAAUUACCUCUGUCCAGUUUCUUUGACUUAACUAGUGGUUAGGCUCUGUCUUGCUGAUAGGUAGCUGUGGUUUCCUGUGGAGCAACGCUUUUCCGUUGGAGUUGUGCAUUGCUUCUCUCUUGUUGCAAGUUAAAUGCUUCAAUAGGGGUCAAAUGGUAACCAUGGCCAUGCAGAAUUUUAUGGUGUCACCACACAAAGGACAAAUUGAAAGGUGAUAUUUAUAUCCUGAAAGUAUGAAUGUGCAGAAGGGAUUUAAGGUGGUUUUUUUAUCGAUUGUCAUUUCAGUGGACAACCUGAACAGUUAUUUCAGCAUGUACUUUAUUUCUUCACCUACAUUCAUUCAGCAGUGCAGGUCACAACUGUAAGAACACUCUCCAAACAGGGGUACAUUUUAUUUUAUAAAAGUUAAUAUGUUUAAUAAAUGAAAGCUACUAUAGUCUCACAACAGAAUUGGGUAGUAAACCAAAAGGUAAGUAGUGUAACUGUCUCUUCCUGCAGCAUGUAGUUGGAUUUCAGUUGCAGAACAGAUAACAAUCGGUGUAUGAUUGUGUUUGUGAUAAAUAUUGAAACACUUGAAAUGUGCUGCAAUAGCAAACUCGGCUCCUUGUGAUUUCCGUGUUGGAGAUAUCCUCUGCAUUUAAGUGGCAAUUUUCUGUGAAAUCGUCAUCAUCCUUUACAGAAGUCUGUGUACUAACACUGUAAAAUCUUUUAAUUCACCCACAUUAUGUAAAUAUGUUUUGUGUCAAUUUAAGUUGCUUUUUUUCCUCUCUAAGGGCACUGUAAAUUUUGUUUUUUAGUUAAGAAAAUAAAAUUGUGAAAUAUUUGUUUAUCAAAUGUACACAGCACUGCUAACCAAUUCCCUGUGCAUGUGUGUUUUUUAAAUGUAUUUAUAGUGUAUGGUAACACCAGAGAAUUUUGAAAGAAAAAUAAGAGGUGAAUAUUGUCAGUUGAAGGGUCACACAAAUAUACUGACAUACUCAAUUGAUUACAGCAGAACUACAAUUACUUGAACAGGACAGUUUCUUUAUAUAUAAUCGCCAUACAGUAAGUUUAAGCAUGAUGCCUGAAUUCUUUUCUCCCUGCAGGCAAUAACAGGUACUAGGAGGUAUGAGUUGAGGGCAUUUUCACAGAUGUCUGUUUUUUUCCCCCUCACAUUAAACAGUGAAAGGUGCCAGUAACCUUCAUUACCCACAGGUUUGUGACACCAGGAGGGUAAUGCAGUGGCCAAGCAAUGUUCCCCUUUUAAUAAAAUAUCAUUAAAGAGCCCAUAAACAAGGCACUGAAUAGCUGCAGGGGACUGUAGCUAAAAUGUUUAUCCAGAGGGUAAUGGUUAUUUCAGUUAAUGCAUUAGGCUCUAAUUCUAAAAUUGAUAUAGAUAUCUAUGCAACCACGUUACAUAACGAGGUUUGAAAAAAAUGAAAGAAAGGGAAAAAAACAUUUCCUUUCUAGCAGGUUCUUGGGCUUUGAUACGAGUUUUCCAAUUGGUUGCUUUGCUGAGCGUUGUAAAUUUACUCCACCCUAAUUCUAGUUCCUCAAUUUUUACUCCACCCACUCAUAGUCACUACAGCUCCCUCCCACAGACUGAUGUAAGUGUUUGUCAUCUUCUCUGAGUUGAGGAGGAGACGUCUAGUGAUUAUUUCUUCUUGGAGAGCUGUAAUUUAAACACCAACCAGAGGCUUUUCAACUCUGCAUCUAUGAUAUACUCUUAAUAAUAUUUGUUCCUACUGACUGCUCCAGCCUUACCUCAGUUUGAAUCAUGCAGUGCUGUUACAUACUCACAUUAAUGGAUUUAUCUGGACUGUGAACCUGAUGGGUACAAUCAGUCAGUGGGUUUAGCAUAGAUAGGUAAUGUUGUAAAUGUGUGCAAUAUGACUACAUGACUAUAUGGUACAGGCUUUUAAAACCAUGUAAAAUAACUAGCAAUGCAAUGAUGGAGUAAUUGAGCAGUAUACUGCUUAAUUCACAGUGGUGUUACAUAAAGUCA